AUGUCUGACACCACCAGACCAGCGCGUCUAGCACAGCACCACCAAUCCAGAAUACCUGGUAUGGAGGAAUAUCGUCCACUACCGAUGUUUAAAUGCGAGCAGAUUGAAGGCUCAAGACUGUCCAAGGAAUGGAUCGAAUGGAAAAGAGCGCUUCAAUUCUAUUUUGACGCAGCAGGAAUAGUCGACCAGAAAACAAUGCGAGCGAAGAUGCUGCACUUCGGAGGGCCUCAGCUUCAAAAAGUGUUUGGAAGCUUAGAGGGAACUGAAGAAUUUUCAAUGGUACUUCUUGAUACACCAUGGUACGAUAAAGCCAUAGAGUGUUUGGACGGAUACUUCAAUCCAUACAGACAAGAUGUUCUCGAAAGACACAAGCUUCGGAAGUUGAAACAGUUGCAGAACGAACGUUUCGCUCACUUCAUACUACGAGUACGAGAACAAUUAAGCUAUUGUGGAUUUGACAAGCAUCCAGCAGAAAUUCGAAAGGUGCUCGAAGAGAUCAUGAUGAUAGAUGUAAUCGUAGAAGGAUGUGCUUCUUCGGAGUUACGUCGUAAGAUCUUGGCUAAGGAUUACACACUAACGGAAAUAGAAGCUUUAGGAGAGUCCAUUGAAAGCGUUCGGAUGCAGGAAAGAGAGUUAGCUGGUGCAAAACUGGAGCAAAGUGAAGUGGGAGUCAAUAAGAUUACCCUUGGUAAAAGGAAUUACAACCGUGGUGAAAUUCAACAAAUGUCAGCCGGUGAAAGGCCAGUGGUUGGUAAUUGUUACGCCUGUGGAAAACCAGGGCAUUAUGCCAAUGACGCUCAUUGUAAAGCGAAAGGAAAAGUGUGCCGUAAAUGCAAAAUUACUGGUCACUUUGAAAAGGUAUGCAGGAAGAAAUCUGCCGGUAAGGGACCUCGUACAUCGGCUUCCGUCAAACGGAUUCGAACGGUAGAAGACGUUUCAUCGCCGGGAAUAGCAACAGAAGAAAACAUGGUUGAUGUCGAGAAAAAAGUUUACUACACUUUUUACGGUGGAAACACGACAAACGUGCUUACUGUGAAAAUCGGUGGCGUUGAGCUGGACAUGCUAGUUGAUUCAGGCUCGGAUGCGAAUCUCAUUACUGGCAAAACAUGGGAGGUACUCAAGGCAAACGAAGUGGUCUUGAAGAAACAACAGAAAGGCAGUAACAAGAUACUCCGAGCGUAUGGGUCCCAGGCGCCAUUGGAGAUUUUAGGUUCGUUCGAAGCUAUUAUUGAAAUAGCGCAUCGCUCAGCGGUAGCAGAGUUCCUAGUGAUCAAGAAUGGACAACGGGACUUGCUGGGGGACAUUACAUCAAAGGCCCUGGGCAUACUUAAAAUAGGGAUAGACGUGAAUGCAGUCGUACAGAACGAAGUCAACCGGCCUUUCUCAAAGAUUAAGGGAGUUAAGGUACGAAUCCAGGUGAAUCCGAAGGCAGUACCUGUGUUCCAACCAGUUCGCAGAAUUCCUAUUCCGUUAGAAGAUGCAGUAAACAAGAAACUGGACGAACUUCUGGCAAGAGACAUAAUAGAGCCCAAGAAAGGAUCAACCACGUGGGUUUCUCCAUUGGUAGUUGCUACCAAAGCAAACCAGGACAUUCGUCUGUGUGUUGACUUGCGACGCGUGAAUCAAGCUGUGAUUCGUGAGCAUCACCCGAUGCCCAUCAUCGAGGACGUCAUCGCGAAGAUUGGAAGAGGGAAAGUAUGGAGCAUUUUAGAUAUCAAGGAUGCCUUCUUUUUGCUCGAACUUGAGGAGGACUCGCGUGACAUCGUCACAUUUAUUUCUCAUCGAGGCCUGUAUCGUUUCAAACGUAUGCCGUUUGGCUUGGUUAAUGCGCCAGAGAUAUUCCAACGAAACAUGGACGAAAUACUGGCGGAUUGCGAAGGAGCAUAUUGGUACCUCGACGAUGUAGGCGUCGUAGGUACCACCGUUGAGGAGCACGACGCACGUUUGGAAAAGAUACUCCAACGAUUUAAAGAAACAGGAGUAGUACUGAAUGUGAAGAAAUGCAAGAUACGAGUAACACAGUUUGAUUUUCUUGGUUACCGAAUAAGUAGUAAGGGCAUUCGACCGUCAACUGCUAAACAAGAAGCGAUUAUGUCAUUCCGUAAGCCAACUAAUGACAGCGAAGUUCGAAGUUUUCUUGGCUUAGCGAACUACAUGGCCAAAUUCGUACCAAAUUUAGCCACCAUUGACGAACCACUUCGGAAGCUGUUACAUAAAGAAACAAGAUUCGUGUGGGGUCGAGAGCAAGAAUUAGCAUUCCAUGAAAUAAAAGCAAGAAUAUCGAACGCGGGAUGUCUAGGUUUUUACAACAUUGCGGAUCAAACUAGUGUAGUUGCAGACGCAAGCCCAUAUGCUUUAGGAGGUGUGUUAAUUCAGACCAAUGCUGAUCAAGAAUCCAGAGUCAUUUGUUUUGCCUCCAAAUCAUUAACUGAUACUGAAAAACGGUAUUGCCAAACCGAGCGAGAGGCUUUGGCACUUGUUUGGGUAGUCGAACGUUUUCAAAUCUACUUGAUUGGCAGGGAGUUCGACCUCAUUACAGACUGCAAAGCUUUAACGUUUUUAUUUAAUCCUACAUCACGUCCGUGUGCUCGUAUCGAACGUUGGGUUCUACGGUUACAGGGUUUCCGGUACAGGGUAGUUUUCACUAAAGGAAAAGAUAAUAUAGCGGAUGCCCUGUCACGCCUCACGAGCGCGUCUCCUCAACCGUUUGACCCAGCUGAGGAAUUGACGGUUUGUGAAAUAGGUUCGGCUGCUGCAGCAAUGAUUGCUUUGCGAUGGAGCGAGAUAAAAUAUGCGAGUAAAGGGGACGAAGAGAUACAACAGAUAGUAAAGAUAUUGAACUCAGAAGAUACAGUUCAGCUACCUCUUCCAUUCAGAUUAAUUGCUACAGAGCUUUGUAUAGUUGAUGACGUACUAAUGCGAGGAGAUCGAAUAAUAAUUCCUCAGAAAUUACAACACCGAGUGUUGCAGCUAGGCCAUGAAGGGCAUCCUGGCGCUAGAAUCAUGAAAGAAUAUUUACGGGCAAGCGUGUGGUGGCCUAAGCUUGAUAAACACAUUGAGGAAUAUGUUCGAGAAUGUCGCGGCUGCACAUUAGUAUCAGCACCAAAUCCACCUGAGCCGAUGACGAGGAAAGAACUCCCAGCAGGACCAUGGGAGCAAAUUGCAAUAGAUUUUCUUGGACCCCUUCCUGAUGGAGAAAAUUUGUUAGUUUGUGUUGACUAUUACAGCCGAUAUUUAGAGGUGAUCAUUAUGGAUGAUAUAAGUACAACGUCGACGAUUGCUGAGCUUUUGACAGUCUUCUCACGUUAUGGUACUCCCGUAUCUAUUCGGGCAGAUAACGGACCGCAAUUUUCAUCAACGGAAUUUAAAGAUUUCUGUAUGGAAUACGGGAUCAAAUUAGUAAGCACUAUACCGUACUGGCCAGCGAUGAAUGGGGAGGUUGAAAGACAGAACCGUUCCAUAUUGAAGCGUAUUCGUAUUGCUCACAGUCUUGGAAAAGACUGGAAAACAGAACUUCGUCAAUAUAUCUUAAUGUACCAUUCGGCAAAGCAAUCAACUACCGGAAAAUCGCCAGCGGAGCUUAUGUUCAAUCGCAAGGUACGGACUAAGUUGCCGCGGGUACCAGUUGUGUUGGAUGAUACAGAAUUACGCGACCAUGAUUGUCUUCUUAAAGAAAAGGGGAAGGUAUAUUCAGAUACGAAAAGAAAAGCUGCUAUGAGUGAUAUUACGGUUGGCGAUACGGUUAUUGCGAAACGAACUAAAAAGAUUAACAAACUAGAUACAGUAUUCUCACCGGAAGAGUACACAGUUGUUGAUAAGAAAGGAAGUGAUGUCAUCAUACGCUCUACCGCAAACGGAAAGGACUUCAGGCGAAACGCGGCACAUCUUAAGAUGGUAUCCAGAACAGAAAAUGAUAACCAGUCAGCUCAAACCAUUCAGGAAAAAGAUAACAACAAGAAUGAUUUAGCGCAGCACUCAAGACCACCUCAGGAUGAGGAUUGUGGAGAAGGAUCAAACGAUGUAUCCGGUGACAAGGGCAGUGGAGCUGCUGAAUAUAUUUCUAAGAGACGAAAGACAGAGCCCUCCAGAUUGAAGGACUAUAUUACAUACUAA